AUGGAAUUUAUAGAACACAAGAAAACGCACGGCAAACCAUUUAUUUACGAAUGUAAAGAACCCAAUUGUGGGAAAAAGUACAAUCAUAGCGGAUCAUUUCACUCUCACAAGAAGAGAAAUCAUCAACCACAUCAACUCAAACCUCAAUGCGAAUGCUGUAACAAAUCCUUCAGUCGCAAGGACCAUUUGAAAGAACAUCAAAAGAGAUGUUUAGGAAAUUCAC